UUUUCCGUUUAACACUGCUCAUAAGUUGGCAUUACCGAAACUGACGUCUUCCUGUUUUACUGUUUCCGUUUCUUUCCUUCACAAACCAUCAUGCCGCCGAAGAAGGAUUCGAAAUCCUCUGCGAAGCAGCCACAAAAGACCCAGAAGAAGAAGGAAGGGUCUGGUGGUGGCAAAGCCAAAAAGAAGAAGUGGUCCAAGGGAAAAGUCCGUGACAAGUUGAACAAUCAAGUUUUGUUCGAUAAGGCCACCUAUGAAAAGUUGUACAAGGAAGUGCCAUCCUACAAAUUGAUCACCCCAUCUGUAGUCUCUGAACGUCUUAAGGUCAGGGGAUCUCUUGCCAGGAGGGCUCUCAUUGAAUUGCAACAGAAAGGCUUGAUUAAGCAAGUGGUACAGCAUCGUGCCCAAUUGAUCUACACCAGGACAACAAAGAGUGAGGAUCAAGCUGCUUAGGUUUAAACAAUAAUGUAUUCCUUACAUUUAAUAAAAAAAUGAAAAGUU